UUUUUUUUGUUUUUUUGAACCGCGUUAUCCUUAUCUUUGUAUGAGUAUUUUUUCUUCUUGUCGGUUUCUGAAAAUGAAAGAUUUUUUUAUUCAUACCGUAAUCAGAGUAAACGUAUAUUUCAAGUCCAUGAUAACCAUAUAUCUAUUUAGAAAAGUUUCCAAUCAAAGACAAUUUUGUUAAGUAGCAGAGACAAUACGGAAGUUUAAUAUUAGUUCAUAGUUUAGAUAGCAAGCAAGAGCUAUUUCAGUUCCGAGUCGACAAAGGGAAAGCCCCUGCAUGUAAAUAGGGCAUUUGUUAGUGGUCGCUCAUUGAUGAACAAUAUCAAAUUAUCACACGGAACUGCAUAUAAAUGAACCUGGAGCCUUGACCAAUUCGAAGUUGUGAGCUGAAAGACGGCGGUUGUUUAACGACAUCAUCUCAAGCAACAAGUGGUCUUUUCUGGAUCUUAUUCUAUUUCACGGUAAAAACUCCAGAGUCAGGUAAAGUCAGGUAGUGAAGAAGUAUGGAAAAAAAAGACUUGAUAUCUCCUCUUCUGUGGGAUGCAGAAAACGGCAGAGUCUCUGGUGAAGAAAUACGUGAUCCAAAUGCGCUUCAGACCAAAACCAACAAAGUUAACAACAACAUUCUGAAAAAAAUUUCAAUGGUUUUGUAUGUGAUAUUUCUCUUUGGCAGAUUAUUUAUGCUAAUCAUCUACAUCGGAAGAGCUAUAAACUGCUGUACUAAAGAAACCAAGGCUUCUUUCCAGUGCAGUAGCGGUGCCUUUGUGCCUCAUGACAUGGAAGUUGAAAUGUUGUGGAUUCUUUCAAGUGUCAUCAACAUGGCCAUUUGUCUGCGGUUGAUGUUUUACUGGAAUGGAGCGGUUUCUGGAAUGAAAAAACUUGUUCAGAAACUAUUCAAACUUCCUGGAUUCUGGUCGUUAAUAUUCUUGUUUCUGGUCAGUUGUUCGGGGUUCUGUAUAAUGACAAUUAAGAACAAUACUUCUCUUUAUCAAAUAGCUUCGUUUUUCCUGUUUGGCGCGCAAAACCUUUUCAUAACAACGACGGUUGCUGUUUUGAACUACACGCAGGUUUAUCACUUUAUGAUACUAGAGGGAUACCGACGUGAACUCCGAAUUAUCAUCAAACUUACUCAUGUUUUGCUGUUUAUGGAAUUUUUUUCUUUGUUUCUGAUUGGAACAAUGCAGUUUGGUUUUCAGGUCACAGGGCUAGAUUAUUCAGCAGACGCUUCGAGUAGCUUUCGUAAGGUUUUUGGUGAGAUGCGGCGGUUUGGCGAAUUGAUAUUCUAUUAUAAUAUUCAGAAAUUCUUGUGGACAAAAUUAUUUGUUGAUAAUCGGAAUAUUUUAAGUCUCAUGCAGUUAUUAUGUGAACCGCACCAAGGUGAUGGUUUUGCUUAGGUAUCCGUCCCAGGCCGCUGCGUAAUGGUUCUCAGUUUUAUAAAUUGAAUUCCCAUACUU